AUGACUUGGAAGUCAUUUAAUGCAAGCCUGAUAAAUGUACGUUGUGGGAACUCUGUAGUGGAGGGUUCAGAGAAAUGUGACUGUGGCUCCUUAAAGCAGUGUUACAGCAACAAAUGCUGUAAUACAGACUGUUCCCUUAAGGGUGUACCUGUUUGUGAUAAAGAAAUGUGCUAUACAGACUGUAUGUACGCUACGCCUGGAUGUACUCUUAGACCAAUCCAAAAUAUACGUGAUCUCCCCGAGUGCUGCCCUGGGGGUACUUACCUAUGCCCCCAGAACUUUUAUCUGCAAGAUGGAACCCCCUGUACCGAGGAGGGCUACUGCUAUCAUGGAAACUGCACUGACCGCACCAUGCACUGCCAAGAGAUCUUUGGAAGACAUGCUGUGAAUGCCGACGACAGCUGCUAUACAAUAAAUACAAAGGCCACUCGAUUUGGACACUGUUCAAGAAGAGCUCCUCUAAUGACUUUUAACCCUUGUCAGAAUGCAGACAUAAAGUGUGGAAGGCUGCAGUGCGGCAACGUCACACACCUUCCCCGGCUGCCAGACCACGCCUCGUUCCAUCAGUCAAAGAUCUCACAGGUGUGGUGCUGGGGAUUAGACACACACAUAGCAACAGGGAUAAAUGACGUUGGUCAUGUGAGAAACGGUACCCCCUGUGCUCCUGGAACAUUUUGUGAGAAUAACUUCUACAAUGCUUCUAUAGCUGCAAUAACAUAUGACUGUAACCCUGAGAAAUGUAGUUUUAGAGGAGUUUGCAACAAUAGAAGGAACUGCCAUUGCCGUGUAGGCUGGGACCCUCCAUAUUGUGCAGAUAAAGGUGCUGGAGGGAGCCAAGACAGCGGAUCCCCACCAAGGAUGAUGCGGUCAGUAAAACAAAGCCAACAAUCAGUGGUAUAUUUGAGAGUGGUCUUCGGUCGCAUCUAUGCCUUCAUAGCUGCUCUCCUCUUGGGCGUAGCCACAAAUGUAAAAGUUAUCAAGACCUCCACAGUUCAGGAAGUGACACUGGUGAAGGUACAUCCAGCAGCCUUGCAGGAGACCUUCACUGAAGCCCCAGGCUUCCUCAACUCAGCCCCAGACUGCACCAGCUGGACCUGCGAGUGGACACCUGUGCACAAGAGACAGAACUGGAUGAGCGCCAACUGCCUGGCCCUGGAUCCCUCCUCAAACCAGAGACCAGGGAACCCCUUGCCUGUAACCACUGCCACCAGGGAGAGGAUUCUUCAGCUACAGUCCAUGGUGCGGGUGCAGGUGCGGGUGCAGGUGCAGGUGCAGGAGGAGCUGCAGGAGCAGGCACAGGGUCUCCCUGCAGGGCUGGUGGAACUGGGCCCCGUCCUGGGUCUCCUGCGGGAGCAGGCACAGCCCCUCCUUGCCAGCAUGGUGUUCCCUCAUCUUGCUCUGGGUCUCCUGCUGGAUUGA